AUGCUUGCCCACUACAAAGGCACUGCAGAUGACUGGGGCGCACAGUGGUACAAGGAGAACGUGGCAGGAAGCUUCGUCGGUCCAGGAUUCAAGUUCAAGUUCAUGCGGGAUGCCUACAUGAAGGCGAAGAUGGUUCCGGAGGAGCUUAAAGGGCUGGCGGCUGGUGCUCUGGUCUUGGACCCCUCUAAGGGUCCAGGAACUGCCUGA